AUGGCUCCAAAAUCUAAAAUCAUAUUGGACACUGAUCCAGGCGUCGACGAUGUCAUGGCCCUUCUCCUGGCCCUCAGCGCCUCUCCCGAGGAGCUUGAGUUGGCCAUGAUCUCAGUCACAUACGGCAACGUUCCUCUACAAUGCUGCCUUCGCAACGUAGCUGCGUUGUACCAUGUCCUGGAAAAGGAAUUCGCGUGGAGAAAGUCUCAGGGCCGCCCAGAAGGCUAUGAGACCUUGAAGGCCAACAAGACCAUCGUGGCUGCUGGUGCUGAACAUUCACUCGCGGACCCUGUCUUGGCUGCUGAUUACUUUCGUAUGUAUUUCCCCAUUAUUGAUAUGCAUGUUCUAUCUAUGACCAACGCUAACUGGGGGUUAAAUAAUACAGAUGGCGCUGAUGGGCUGCACAACGUCCAUGAUAUACACACUGACUUGAGCCCCGCUGAAACCUGGAAGGCUCUCUUUGAUAAAGAAGAUGCCAAUGACCACACCUCAUCCUACCCACGCUUCACCCCAUCCAAGGAGCCCGCCCACAAAGAGAUGCUGCGUCUUCUUAGAGAGAAUCCUGCAGACACCAUCAGCAUCCUCGCGGUUGGGCCCCUCACAAACGUUGCACUGGCUGCUACCGAGGACCCUGAGACGUUCCUCAAGGUCAAGGAGCUGGUAGUCAUGGGCGGAGCCAUCGAGGUCCCCGGUAACGUCACUCCUUCAGCAGAGUUCAACACUUAUGCGGACCCCCUUGCUGCCGCUCUUGUCUAUGCUCUUUCAUCGCCCAACCCUGCAUCGACGAUGCCUCCCAUUCCCAGCAACGUCUUGAACAUCAAGCCGUACCCUGCGAAACUCUCUCGCCGACUUACAGUGACUCUGUGCCCACUGGACAUUACGGAACGCCAUGCCAUCAACAAGAACUACUUUGUCGAAAAGGUUCAGCCCUACAUCGAUGCUGGCAGCCCUCUUGCUCGAUGGGCCAGCCACUUCAUCAACGGAGCUUUCAACAAGAUCGACUCUAUGGAGGGUGAUGGCAACGAGCCGGCCCUGGCAUUGCACGAUCCCUUUACAGUCUGGUACGUGCUGACACGCGACGAUCCUCGAUGGAAGGUGCCCGCGAAGCCCGAAGAUCUUCGAGUUGAGACAGUCGGACAAUGGACCAAGGGAUCAUACAUCCUGGACAAGCGUAUUAGAUCGAAGCCCGGUGAGGCUGCUCUGGUGGAUCUGUCGGAUGAUGUUGAGGCCGACCCCCAUCUCGUCACUCUGGAUGAGGUCCCCGGCGAUACAAUGGGAUGGUUGAGCGUUCGUAAGGGAAACAGAAUCAGGCGGGUCAUUGGAACUCCUGGAGAGAACACCUUCAAGGAGGUCUGGAUGCAGCGAAUUUUUGGUUAA